CUCCUCGGAGGAAGAACUGCCUUCAAAAAAAUUAAAAAAAUAAAGCGCGAGAUAGAGGGGUUUAGGGUUUCGAAUCGAAGCAAAAUCCGGAACCGAAGGGAAGAAUCGUAGCAGAGAAGCCAUGGAAGAAGCUAUGGCAAACGCUUUGGCUAUCGCAGACCAGAGGCAGAAGAUCGAACAGUACAAGCGCAUCCUUGCCUCUGUUCUCUCCUCCAACGAUAUCCUCCAAGCCAAGAAGUUCAUUGAUCACAUUUUGUCCGAUGAUGUCCCGUUGGUGGUGUCGAGGCAGCUUCUGCAAUCUUUUGCGCAAGAAUUGGGGAGAUUAGAACCAGAGACACAGAAGGAGAUCGCAAGCAACACACUUUCUCGGAUUCAGCCGAGGGUUGUCUCGUUCGAGGAACAGGCACUCAUUAUCAGAGAAAAACUUGCUGACUUGUAUGAAUCUGAGCAGCAAUGGUCAAAAGCUGCUCAGAUGCUGAGUGGCAUUGAUCUAGACUCUGGAAUAAGGGCUGUUGAUGAUAACUUUAAGCUCUCAAAGUGUAUCCAAAUUGCUCGUUUGUAUCUCGAGGAUGAUGAUGCUGUAAAUGCAGAGGCUUUUAUAAAUAAGGCCUCUUUCUUAGUGAGCAAUAGUCAGAAUGAAGUAUUGAACUUACAGUACAAGGUCUGCUAUGCUAGAAUUUUGGAUCUGAAAAGGAAGUUCCUGGAGGCUGCACUACGGUAUUAUAAUAUAUCACAGAUCGAAAAACGACAAAUAGGGGAUGAAGAAAUCGAUGAGAAUGCAUUGGAGCAGGCUCUAUCUGCUGCUGUUACAUGUACGAUAUUAGCUGGAGCUGGUCCUCAACGUUCUCGUGUUCUCGCAACUCUAUAUAAGGAUGAACGAUGCUCCAAGCUGAAGAUUUAUCCUAUCUUGCAGAAGGUUUAUCUUGAAAGGAUUCUGAGGAAGCCAGAGAUUGAUGCCUUUGCCCAAGAACUGAGGCCACAUCAGAAAGCAUCAUUGCCUGACAAUUUCACUGUUCUUGAUCGUGCGAUGAUCGAGCAUAAUCUUCUGAGCGCUAGCAAACUCUAUACAAAUAUAAGGUUUGAUGAGUUGGGAACUCUACUGGGGAUCGACCCGCAAAAGGCUGAGAAGAUAGCAUCUAAAAUGAUUUAUGAAGAUAGGAUGAGAGGUUCCAUUGAUCAGGUGGAGGCCGUCAUACAUUUCGAGGAUGACACUGAAGAACUUCAACAAUGGGAUCACCAGAUAUCAGGGUUAUGCCAAGCACUCAACGACAUUCUUGACGGCAUGGCUAAGAAAGGCUUACCAGUUCCCGUCUGAUUCAUUUUGCCCCCCGCAGACUACUCUGCAGAUCGGGUAAAACUAUCUGGUAACGCUUUCUGGCAAAAUGCUCAAGUUUUCCCCGAGUCGCUUCGCAAUAAUUGACGCGGGCAUUUAGUAGAUGUAAGUAGUACAAAUCUCAUGGCUUGGAAGGGAGUUUUUCUUCACAAGGUUUCCAUUUGAGUCUCUUUUGGUUUUGCAUACUCAUAUGGCUAUAUGUUGUGGUAAGUAUAUUAUUAGUUGGUUGAUUCAAGGAGGGGAGGGAGAAGA